UUUCAGAUCGUAGGUCAGAAAGCUCAGCUAGUACCUGGAAGCUUGGAGUGCAGCGCAGCGGCAGGUUUGGGAGUUCUUUGUAGUUCCCAUGGAAACCUGGCUGCGGGCGGGGCCAGGCGCCGGCUGUGCUAAGGGGCCGCCGCGGAGCUGCCAGUCAAGCGGCCGUCGGGGUCUGGGAGCGCCUUUCCCCGCCCACCCAGCAGUCCGGACGCGCGUGCGCGGAGCCGGGCCCCGGGGUGGGGGGGGCCGCGCUGGAGAAGCUUCGGCUGGGAAAUGGCGGCCGCGGGCUUGGUCGCUGUGUCAGCCGCUGCCGAAUACUCUGGCCCAGCCGCUUCGGGAGGAAACCUCCCCGCUGUUAACUGCGGUCCAAACUCUGGGGCGGCCUCUGGUCCCGGCCCAGGCUCAUGGAGCCGCUCCCUGGAUCGAGCGCUGGAGGAGGCGGCGGUCACCGGGGUGCUGAGCCUGAGUGGCCGGAAACUGAGGGAGUUUCCCCGCGGAGCGGCCAACCACGAUCUGACGGACACCACCCGGGCCGACCUGUCACGAAAUCGCCUCUCAGAGAUUCCUAUAGAAGCCUGUCACUUUGUUUCUCUUGAAAAUCUCAACUUGUACCAAAAUUGUAUUCGGUAUAUUCCAGAGGCAAUACUAAAUCUACAGGCUCUAACAUUUUUAAAUAUUAGUCGAAACCAGCUGUCAACAUUGCCAGUGCACUUGUGUAAUUUACCAUUAAAAGUCUUAAUUGCUAGUAAUAACAAAUUGGUCUCCCUUCCAGAAGAAAUUGGACAACUCAGAUAUUUGACAGAACUUGAUGUAAGCUGCAAUGAAAUUCAAACUAUACCUUCCCAAAUUGGUAAUCUGGAGGCCCUGAGAGACCUUAAUGUAAGAAGAAAUCAUUUAGUACGUUUGCCUGAAGAACUGGCAGAGUUGCCUUUGAUACGGUUGGACUUCUCAUGCAAUAAAAUUACAGCAAUCCCUGUCUGUUACCGGAACCUGCGGCACCUGCAGAUGAUAACCCUAGACAACAAUCCACUGCAGUCACCUCCUGCACAGAUAUGUAUAAAAGGCAAAAUCCACAUCUUUAAGUACCUGAAUAUACAAGCUUGUAAGAUUGCUCCUGAUCUACCUGAUUAUGAUAGGAGACCCUUGGGUUUUGGCUCCUGCCAUGAAGAAUUGUACUCAAGUCACUCGUACGGAGCUCUAGAUUCCGGGUUCAACAGUGUGGACAGUGGUGAUAAAAGAUGGUCAGGGAAUGAACCUACAGAUGAAUUUUCAGACCUGCCUCUUCGAGUAGCAGAGAUUACUAAAGAACAGAGGCUGAGAAGAGAAAGCCAGUACCAGGAGAAUCAUAGCAGCUUAGUAGUAACAAAUGGUGGAGUGGAGCAUGAUCUGGAUCAGAUUGACUACAUUGACAGCUGUGCUGCAGAGGAAGAGGAGGGUGAGGCGAGACAACCCAAGGGCCUGGACUCAGACAGCCUCAGUUCACAGUUCAUGGCAUAUAUCGAACAACGGCGUAUCUCUCAUGAGGGUUCACCCAUAAAACCAGUAGCAAUUAGAGAGCUUCAAAAAACAGAAGACGUAAGAAGAUACUCAUAUCAAAACAGGGUUCCAGUUGAGCCAUCUUCUCUCUUGUCAUUGUCACCAAGUCACAAUCAGCUGUCGCAUGCAGACCUAGAACUUCAGCGGCGAAGAGAGCAGCUGGUGGAGCGCACUCGGAGGGAGGCUCAGCUUGCAGCCCUGCAGUAUGAAGAGGAGAAAAUUAGGACCAAGCAGAUUCAGAGAGAUGCUGUCCUGGACUUUGUCAAGCAAAAGGCAUCACGAAGUCCACAGAAGCAGCAGCCAGCCUUAGAUGGGGAGUGUCCCUUCCCAUCCAGAAGGUCUCAACACACUGAUGAUAGUGCCUUGUUAGUGUCGCUGUCAGAUUUGAAUCAAGUGAGCUGCGCUGCUGCCACCCUGUCCCAUUCGUCAGCCUUCACUCCUCUUAAGAUUGAUGGCAGAUCUAGUGCUAUUUCAAGUUCACCUACGACAGAAACAGUUCAUCAGUCCUCUGCAUAUCCUUUUCCUGCUGCUGUCCAGAGAAAUCCACCCCCACGCCCUGAAAGCUUCCUUUUCCGAGCGCCUGGCAGGGCAGAAGCAAACCAAGGUCAUGCUUCACCCCUUCUUCCAUCCUCUGUACCUGCCACUGAUUCUGCAGAUCCCAUAACAAGACAGAGAGAGGAAGAGCUGAAGUUAAUUGAGCAACUUCGGAAACAUAUCGAGUACCGGUUGAAAGUAUCCCUGCCAUGUGAUCUUGGAGCAGCUCUGACCGAUGGUGUUGUCCUUUGUCAUUUGGCCAAUCACGUGCGGCCUCGAUCUGUCCCCAGCAUCCACGUUCCAUCACCAGCUGUACCUAAAUUAACAAUGGCAAAAUGCAGGCGAAAUGUAGAGAAUUUCCUAGAAGCUUGCAGAAAAAUUGGUGUACCUCAGGAGCAAUUAUGUUUGCCUCUCCACAUUUUAGAAGAGAAAGGGCUGAGCCAGGUGGCAGUGACGGUCCAGGCUCUCCUGGAACUCGCCCCGCCCAAGCAUCAGCAGCACCCGUUAUCUGCUGUGUAAGGACUCCGGGACUUUGGCGUCGGCUGGCCAAAAUCAGGAACAGGACGUUGCGGUUGCUGCUGCCAGCUGCCUGCUUAAACAAAGCUAUUACGUGUUCUUAGGAGGGACUGUUUCCAUGAUUCCUAACAGGAAUAUUUGACUUCAUUUCUCCAUUUUAGGGGAGGUUAUAUCCAUUUGCAUUGAAUAGUUUUAGGAAGACCAUUUGGUUUUUCUCCCAUGAAACUUGUGUCAUGACUAAGAACCCAGCCUGGAAGCCCAGAGUGGCCGUGCCUUGCUGGAGAACAGGAUGCCACACUCGGUGCGAGGCUCAGCCACUCUGCUGUCUACACAGGCCGGUGCAGCUGGAUUCCACGGGUUUGUAAAGCUGGCUGUUCAUUCAACUCCUGAAGUUAACAGUACAGAUCCUCAAUCAGCGGGUCUGGGAAGGGCCUGGGACUUGGCAUUCUCAGCUGACAUUCCAGCUCUGUUUCCUGCAGUGGGAACCACUAUUUGAAGUCAGAUGUUGCUAUGGUUUGAUGGAGGUGUGUGAAUAAUCUAUUUGCUGUACUCAAGAGCAACAUUUAAAAUCAGCAGCUAUAUAAUGAAAACUUGGAUUAUUCUGUCAAGGGCAAAACAAAAAUAAUAUAGAAGGCCUAUAUUUCCCAGAAGGAGAGGAAAAAAAACAACCCUAAGAGAGUUGUAUUUAGGCCAAUGUUCAGGCCUCUCCAUUCUGGCCCACCCUGAGUGUUCCUAUCUUGAGGACGGGGGUCCAGUGUAG